AUGUCCGACAAGAAGAACAGCGGCGUGGGCUGCCUAGCUCAAACUUUUGAGCAAUGGAUAUUGAAGCAAGAUUCCGGUUGGAAGGAGAAGUAUAAGAGAAGAGGGACGAUGACAGUCAACAUUACGCCUGCUCCUGAGAGUAGGGUCGGCCCGAGCGCCAUCAACACUCAGCUCCUAACUCCCGACCCCUCACCUUCAUCCUCACCUUCCUCAUCUCCUUCUCCAGUUCGACGAUGCCGACCUAUCGACGGGGCAUUCUCUCCGAUCUGGAAACUGGCGCAGCUUUCGACACCUCCCGUAUCCCCAAACUCAUCUCCGAAGCCAACUUCCUCCUCAACCUCUUCGACCGAGCCACCCGUCCCAGCUCCCGGAGGGCCACUCUUUGCCACGAUGUAUUUCGAGGUACGGGAGUCUCCGAAAGGAGGGCUCGGGGCGUUUGCUGUGCAGGAUAUAGAGGAGGACACCGUUAUUAUGGCGGAGGAGCCGCUCUUUAAGGCAACCUUUGUCGAAGUGUUCUACGAAUUCGAAAAACUGUCAAAAGAGAAGAGGGGUGAAUACCUCAGUCUAUACGCGUGGUCCGGCAUCGAACGCCAUAAAGUUCUUGCGAUUUUCUCAACUAAUCGUUUCACUAUUUCCAACGCCCAAUGUGGAAUAUUCCUGAAAUCUUCUCGCUUUAACCACGCUUGCCACCCCUACGCAACCUGUAGUUAUCGUUGGGAUGAGGAGAAGAACCAAAUGGUUACACGUUCCGUUAUGUCCAUCAAAAAGGGACAGGAGAUAACCAUUGCCUAUUCUCGGAAUCCUUCGGCGCUGCACUUUAAUUACGGAUUCUGGUGCGACUGCCCAGGUUGUCCAGAGCCAAAGAAAGCCAAGGCUGCGGCCCAAAGAAUCUCUGGUGAAUGGAUUUAUUAA